GACUUUUGGUUGUUAAUGUUAGUUACAUUCAUCCAUUGGAUAGGCAAACGGAACGUAGCUUUAACCAUCUUUGUAAAAAUAUAAAGUACAAAGGAACAAAAAAAAUUAAUUCACAGAAGUUAAAUGUUAAUAAGCCAACAUAAUGUUCGUUGAAACUUGAAGAAAUGUCACAAUUCACCAAACUUGAUACAUCGUGCUCCCACCAAAAAAGUUGUCUCGGUAAUUAUUAUCGGCGCUUCUAGACAUUCCAAGCACCAGUCACCGUUCUCGACGAGCUUGUUGAAUGCGAUAAAGAGUUCGGCGAGAAAUUAAACCACAGACACGGUUCACUGAGUUUCUCGCCGAAUUAUCUCAGUGGGUCACGACCACGAGAUUCCGAUCCGAUAGUAAAUUUUGUAAAGCACUGCCCUUGCUAGACUAGUUAGCAUAUAAUGUUAGCUAUGUUAGCAUAUAAGCCAGUCUGAGCCUGAGCUCGCCUACACAGUGAAGCUAAUUCAACCCUUCGAGAUUACUAGCAUAAGUAGCAAAAAAGAGAAACAGCUUUAUUCAAAGCAAAAAAAUACAUUGUAACACGUACGAAGUAAAAACAGCCUUUGAAAUGGUUCAGUACCACUACAGAAAGUGAAUACGUGAACAUUAUGAAAGGAAUAAAACUUUUUUUUGAAUAUGCUUGAGAAAAAAACAUCCUUGUAGACUUGUAGACUUUUAGAGUACCUAGUCCCUUGACGAAUGACUGUAAUAUUUAAAUGAGAGUUGAAGUUUCCUGAAUGUCAAAUUGAAAUAACCUAACUUUAUCACGAUACAAAGAUAUAAGGAUGCAUAAAGAGUACAUUUAGAUUUUAUUAUUUUUACUCUACUGACUUAUUAAAAAUAAUACUUAAUAGAGCAAAAAAAUAUUAAUCAAAUUACGUUUAUAAUUUAACAAAAAUAUUGAAAACGUUUUUGCUCAAAGGUUAGGUCACCUGCACUAAUUUAACAUACCACUCAUUCGAAAUAUUUGCAUAAAAAAGUAUUAUUAAUUGAAAAAAUGAAUAAAGACUACGAAAAUAAAGUAGUCGUUCUAAAGAGUAAGAUAAAAAGCUUUCCCGAUUUUCCAAAAAAGGGAAUCUUAUUCUGGGACAUAUUUUCGGCAAUAUCAGAUGGCAACAUAUGCAAACUAUUGCAAUCACUAUUAGUUGAUUGUAUACGUACAAAAUUUCCCGACGUAGAAGCUGUAGUUGGACUAGAAUCUCGAGGAUUCCUGUUCUCUUUCUCGCUUGCUUCAGAAUUAGGAAUCAGCUGUCUUUCAGUCAGGAAGAAGGGAAAGCUGCCAGGAGAUGUAAUAUCUUAUGAAUAUGAUUUAGAAUAUGGUUCGGACACAUUGGAAAUCCAAAAAGAUAAAAUACGGCCAGGUUUAAAAUGUCUGCUAGUUGAUGAUUUAAUAGCAACUGGCGGUUCCAUAACGGCCGCGACAAAAUUACUGCAAACAUGCGGUGCCGAAGUUCUUGGCUGUUUGGUCAUCAUUGAACUUAAAAGUUUGAAAGGAAGAGAGAACAUUCCUGAAGGUAUACCAGUGCAUUCCUUGAUUCAAUAUGAAUAGGAGUUGAAGUAUGAUAUUUCACACUACGGUUAAGAAAAAUUGGGAGUCAAAUCUAGAUCUAGUAGAGAUCUAGACGUUUUUUGGUAUAUAAUGAUAAUGACAUUUUUGUGACAAUUUAAUUGUUAUUCGAUAUUAAUUUAAGUUUCUGUAGUUCAAAAUUUCCUUUUUUUGCGAUGUAUAUACAUAUCUGUUAUUGCUUUCCUUUUUUUUUGUAAUAUUAUUAUAUUAUUAUGGGGUAGUUUAUGUGCAUACUUAAUGUAGAGUAUGGAAAAGUUAAUUUAAUUAAAGACUGUUACUAAUGAAGCCAAUGUCAGCAUACUCAAAUUACUUUAAAAUGAUGUGAGCAAUCAAGCUCAUGGUAUGGUUUAAUACAGUUUUCAGGGCCAUUGGGUAACAACCACCUACCUGUUUACUUGUACUGCAUAGCUCUUAUGCAAUUCAUUAGAGGAUAAAAAACGCUGUUUGUAUAAUUGUAAGUUCAACUUAGCUUCCUACAGUUGACUGCAGUUUUCGCAUUGUAAUGUCUACAUAUAAUAAAAACUGGAAGGCAUAAUAAGUAUAGACAAAAUACUUAAGUACCGUUGUCUCGUUAUUUUUUUUAAUUUUAUUUUUUUAGUUGAAUUUUUUAUUCAUUUAUGAUCAACGGAUACAGGGCUUAGCAUAAAUAUAAUUUCUACAUACCGAGCAUGUAAAAACUUACAAUAUUCUGUAAUAUGAAAAAUUAUAUGAAGUUGAUAGAUAGAUAUCUACAACUUAAAGGUCGCCAUACAAAUUAGACAUGAGUUCUAAGGACUCAGUUUUUACAGUACAACGGCCGCCCGCCAUUUAAACCGGGCGCAUUACUGCUUUACGGCAGAAAUAGGCAGGGCGGUGGUACAUACCAGUGCGGGCUCACAAGACCACCAGUAAUUACGCAAAUUAGAAUUUUUGCGGGUUUCAUUUUUAUUACACGAUGUUAUUCCUUUACUGUGGAAGUCAUUCCUGAACAUUUGUUAAGUACGUAUUUCAUUAGAAAAAUUGGUACCCGCCUGCGGGAUUCGAACACCGGGACAGUCUCAUCGCUUGAUACGAAUUCACCGGUCGUGUUAUCCCGCAGGCCACGAUGACCUCAUGAUAUAUAAUGGAUUAAUGAAAGUGGUAGUAGGUUGGGUUAAAACCACAUCACCAGGUCGUGUCUUUAUUGCUGGCUAACAUAUCUUAUAGAAUAAGCUCGUAAAAUAAAUCAUAAUAUUUAGAUAUUAUAAAGAAGUUGUUGAAUAAUAAUAGCCACGAGUUUGAUCCGUGAGGCUACCAAUCUAAGUCGUGCGCAAAUAAAGAAAUAUAGUUUGGAAGAUUAUUGAUAUUAUCUAUGUGUAAAAUAUUAAAUGUUAAAUCAAAUUUUAUUUUCAAUAAAUACAUCGUACGAAUAGCGUAAUUUCUAAAUAAAAUAUUACAAUAAAUAUACUAUAUGGAUUUAUAGUAAUUAAUUCAUUAAUUCAUAUUUGACAUUUUUUUAUGAAACUGAGUGUUCUAAUAAGUGACUUGAUUGUUGCCAUCUUGAAAUUUUGACCACUAAUAUGGCGCGAAUUAUUUGUGAAAACAUCUUACAUGUACCUACAACUUAAUUGAAAUGCGAUAAAAUACUAUUGAAUUUGUUUUUUUUUUAAUUUCAUAAACUGAAAAUAAAAAAGAAAUACAAUCAAAGUGUACACGUUCAUGCGAUUAUAAGAUAUUAUUAUUUAAUAUUCAUUAACAUUCCCAGUGCAGAAAAGACUUGAUCGGUUGUUAUGUGUGAUAACCUCACUUUUAAAUUUGUUUGUAUGUCUACCAUUUUUGGACUUAGCUUGUUAAAUUGUUGACCAAAAUGGAAGAGAAAAAAAUUCGUUUUUUAAUAUUAUCUUCUAUCCAAGUGACCUCGUUAGCUGACCGACGCGCUGGUAAGUGCAAAUAAAGGCUCAAUAGAUUCCAAAGAUUCGCCAUCUGUGCAUAGGUAUAUCUAGAGUUAGGUAUGUAAUUGUAUCUAUAUAAUCGAGUAGAUUAGUAGAUCGAACAAAAAUUUUGCAUUGUAUAUCUAAAUAUCAUGGAGAUCGAACAGAAACUUAGCAUUUCAAAGAGAUUUUGCGCAUAUUCAAGUUCGAAGAACAAAAUUAGGCGCAUCAUUUAUAAUAUAUUAUAGCAAUGACACCCGCUCGGUAAAAGAUCUUUCCUGUGUUUUAGUUUCUGUUGAACAAAAAAAAAGUUUUUUUAUUUUAAACUUCGGACAAUAUUACUACUUAUUUUAUUAAAUAUCUUUCGUGUCAUAUUUUUUAGAUAUUGAAUGUUGUUAUUUCACAAUAUAUCAAUUGGAGAUUCAAUAUGACAAAAGAAAAUUUAUUGACAAUAUGACAGUAAAAUGUUAUUUUUUAUCAAACUAUUUCAUUGAAUAUUAAUUGUAGACGUAACGGAGUGUGCAUAAUGAACUUCUGAUUGAUUUUUGAAUUCAUUUAUGGAUUUAUUUUAAUAAUUUUCAUACAUUAAAAUGUGUCGCCAAUAUUGUUAAACAUUAUUAAAAAAAAUAUUGUUAUUAUAAUAUACUCUUCAUUCCAAUUAUUAAGUUUUAAUAAAUUUGUUUUUAGAAAA